UUGCUCGCUGGGGGUGAAUCGUGUCAUUAAGAAAUUCGCUUCAGGCUUGUUUUUGUCAUAACUCCAACUACUCCUUUAGUUAGGUCAAAUGGUUUUUUUGGUACUAAUUUUAACGGUAAUACUGCUCUUUAGCAUACACCUGGUGUGGAAAUGCAGUUAUUGGCUGCGACACGGCGUUCGUGGACCACGUUCCUUGCCGAUUUUAGGCAACAUGGCUGAUUUUUUCCUCGGCCGAAAACAUUAUGGUGAUGUCUAUAAAAACCUUUAUGAUGCUCAUCCAAACCUUCCUUAUGUUGGAAUUUAUCGGCUCUUCAAUGAGCCGGCAAUAUUGUUGCGCAGCCAGGAAAUGAUCAAAGAGGUGAUGAUACGCUCAUUUCAACACUUCCAGGAUAAUGUGUUAUGGAUCAGUCGGAAACGCGAUCCUAUUGUUUGUCACAAUCCAUUCAUUGCGAAAGGCGAAAUGUGGAAAAAUAUGCGCGCCGAGAUUCUACCGAUUUUCACACCAAACAAAGUCAAAGCUUCGUUUCCCCAUAUUAAGUCCAUUUGCAAAAAACUUGAUUUGUUUGUGUCGCAGCAAAUAAACAACUCAAAUAAUUCCUUCGAAGCAAAAGAUCUGCUAUCCAAGUACACACUCGAUGUGGUUGCUUCAGCCGGCUUCGGACUUGAUGGUGCUUCGUUCGACAACACCAAUUCAGACUUUACACAACUUGUUGAGCAUCUAUUUAUGCCAAAUAGUUGGAGUUUAGUCGAAACGAUUGCAUUACUGUUCUCACCAUUACUCGGCGACAUCAUAAACUAUCGCUACGUGCCGUCAGGCGUACAGCACUGGCUUCGAGGAAUAAUUGGCGAGGUUUUAGCAGGACGUUGCUUGCAGGAAGAGCCAAGCAAAGUCAAAAUGACGUCAACAUCAAGUGAUUUUCUGCAAUGGCUCAUCGAAGGCAGACAUAAGUCGCAUGAGCCGGUGGAUGUGGCAACAAUGGUGGGACAUUGUAGUACUUUUCUUCUAGAAGGUUUCGAGACAUCAUCAUCACUAAUGGCCUUUGCACUGUACGAGUAUGCUAAACACCCGUUGGUGCAGGCACGUGUUCAGCAGGAGAUUGACGAAGUGUUGGCUCGGCACGGCGGCGAAAUGUGCUAUGAUGCUAUACAGGAAAUGUCUUAUUUGGGAGCGACAUUAUAUGAAACUCUGCGUCUUUACCCUGCAAUGAUGGCGUUAUUGAAACACUGUACGAAAGAAUUCGAAUUACCGCCACAGACCGUAGGUGGCAAGUCCUUUCAGGUGCCGAUGGGUAUGGUCUUCAUCGUUCCGGUGAAAGCUAUACACUAUGAUGCUGAUUUGUAUGAAGAUCCUUCGCAAUUUCAACCAGAUCGGUUCUUAGACCCAAGCCUCAACUCAAAUAGGAGUUUAUUUUUAGGAUUUGGAGAGGGACCGCGUAUGUGCCCAGGAACGCGAUUCGGCUUGGCUCAAAGCAAAGCUGGAAUAGUGACAUUGUUAUCAAAGUAUUCCGUUAGAUUGAGCGAGAAUUCUAAGCCAUUUAAAAUUUCAGCAACAACCUUUUUAACAGCUCCUAAGGAUGGCAUAUGGAUUUCGUUUAAAGAAAGGAAGUAGUUUUUUUUUUUUUCAAAUUGUAAAUAUUUUAAGAAAAGAAAUUUUCGCAGUAAAAGCAAUAAAUGUGGUGGCACAAUCACAAUUCUUUAUGAAUUUGUGUGAUUUGAUAAACCUUUUAACUAUCAUA